UGGACAGAAGGCACCAUGAAGGCCGUGGCUCUACUGGUGGUGUGCAUGCUGGCUGUGGCUCUGGCAGCCCCAGCACAGGAGAAGGGCCUGAUCAUUAAUCUGGACAUCGGUGAGCUCUGUCUAAACAGCCUUCAGUGCAAGAGCUCCUGCUGCCACCGAAAGAAUGGACUAAGUCUGGCUCGAUGUGCUCCACAGGCUAAAGAGAAUCAAGAAUGCUCCCCAAAGACUCUUUAUGGCACCUACUACCACUGCACCUGUGAGAGUGGCCUCAAAUGUGACAGUGACAUCACCAUUGGAGGCUCCAUCACCAACACCAACUUUGGAAUCUGUGUUGACCCCAAUGGCAAGCAGGCUGGUGACUAAGGAAGGAUGAUCAUGCAUACAGGCUGCUCUUUUGGAUGACAAUAAAGUCACACUGCCCUGUGAAUUGCA